CGAAUGACAAUCAACAUUAAUGCUAACACACACCGACACCGGUACCGAUAGUCAUUUUAUAAGCGCCCAAUCGAAUGUAUAAAACAAUUAAUUCCGUGCUGAAUUUAACGUAAAAAAAUCGAUCCGAUUUUGAAAUGGAUCCCAAGUCGGAGCUUACCAAACCGGUGGAUUUGGAGUGCAUUGAUUUGCAACGAUAUCUCAAGAGCAAACCGGCAAAUGUGAUCGAGUCAUUGUACAAUCAUCCGAGUAUUUGUUUGGCUGUUUAUCGAGAGUUGCCCGAAAUUUCACGUCAAUUUGUGAUACGAAUCCUGUUUGUUGAACAACCAGUGCCACAGGCUGUGAUCACAUCAUGGACCUCACAGUUGCAUUCAAAAGACCACGCGACGGCAACGAGUGCGCUGAGCGAAUUGGUGAUAUGGCGUUCGGUGGCCAUUCCAGGUGGUUUGCCAGCCUGGGAGUUGAUGCCGACGUUCAAGAAAAAUUUGAAAAUUGCUUUACUAGGUGGUGGCCGACCAUGGACAAUGUCAAAUACUCUGGAUCCAGAUUCGAAAGCACGUGAUAUUCAAUUUUUGGACAAUUAUGCGAUGGGCCGAUGGCGAUGCGUACUGCAUUAUAUGGUCGGUGCGAGUGGUGCACUCAGAGAAACAGAAAGUGAAGGCAUUUCACCGGAUGCCGUGCGCAUUUUGCUGAGUGCAAAUCUGAUGAAACGUGAUGAUAACGACAAUGUGCCAGUGAUUACACGACAAGGUUUUCAGUUUUUGUUGCUCGAUACCCAGUCGCAAGUGUGGCAUUUUAUGCAACAAUAUUUGGAUACGUGUGAACAGAGAGGACUCAAUUUGUCGGAAUGCUUGUCAAUGCUAUUUCAACUGAGCUUCUCAACACUCGGCCGUGAUUACAGUACGGAAGGAUUAACGCCGAGUUUAUUGACAUUUCUGCAACAUUUGCGCGAAUUUGGACUAGUUUACCAGCGCAAACGAAAGGCUGGACGAUUUUAUCCGACACGUUUGGCAUUGAAUAUAUCCAGCAAACGGUCAGCGGUGGCCGCUAUUACAUCGGAAAAUGAAUGUGCUCAAGACAGAUGCAACAUUAUUGUUGAAACCAAUUACCGAGUCUACGCAUACACCGAUUCAAAUCUUCAAGUUGCACUGCUCGGUCUGUUCACCGAAUUACUCUAUCGAUUCCCGAAUUUGAUUGUCGGUGUUUUGACACGAGACUCAAUUCGGCAGGCAUUCCGAGGCGGUAUUACAGCCGAUCAAAUAAUCAGCUAUUUGGAGCAACAUGCGCAUCCAACGAUGCUUACAAAGGAGAAUACCAGCAUAAACACAACAUCACUGCUACCACCAACUGUUGUCGAUCAAAUAAAACUGUGGGAAAAUGAACGCAAUCGUUUCACGUACACCGAAGGCGUCGCCUACAAUCAAUUCCUAUCGCAAAGUGAUUUCAUCUCGCUACGCGACUAUGCACAAUCAAUCAACGUAUUAAUUUGGCAUAACGAACGAACGCGCACAAUGAUCGUUACGACUCGCGGACAUGAAGAUGUGAAAAAAUUCUGGAAACGCUAUCAAAAAGGCAGUUCUUAAGUUAAAAUUUAGUCGACUUGUGACGCAUUUAGAUUUUAAGGCUCAUUCUUUUUUCACAUUUUAUCUUCUUCUGAAAUUUACACUUAUUGUUAAUAGUUUGAAAACCAAAUUCGAACAUUGAAUUGUUACGGUGGCAUAGUAAAUUAAGGAAUAAAAUGGCAUCGAUUAUUCAAACAAAAAA